CGAAUUCAGAACUGGAACUUUUGUAAUUUUCUGGUGUCUCACUCCAGCCACAGCACUGGCUGCCCUGCCUAUGUCUUCAUCAUCUCGUAUCAGUGUCAUCAGCUUUAACAGUUGAGUCUGAUCUCGCUGUGGUUGAAUCACUUUCGGUACGAGACAAUCGACGAAGAUGGCACAGGGAAGAUGCAGUGCAGUGCUGGUUGUUUCGCUCCUUCUGGUUAGCUCUGCCGCCGUGGUGCACGGAGUCGAUCACAAUGUAGGAGGGACAACCAAGUGGAUCAAGCCGGAUGGUUCCACAGUCCCAGAAAACUUCUAUCAGAAGUGGGCCAGUGAAGAGAAAUUCACAGCAGGCGAUAAUCUGGUUUUCGUCUACAACCCAGCUGGGCACAGUGUGCUAGAAGUGAGUGCGACUGACUACGCCGCCUGCUCGACCACCACUCCAAUCAAGAGAUAUGCAACCGGAAACGACAUCAUCUCUGUCCCUGCUGGACCGAGCUACUGGAUCUGCGGAAUUCCAUCACAUUGCCCCGCUGGUCAGAAGUUUAAUAUCACCGCCGCUGCUGGUUCUUCUGGUCCUUCUAGUUCUGUUGGUACAGGAAAUGCUGUGAGUAUUCUUCACGUUGUUGCUGCCUUGGCAGUGGCCUUGAUUGCCUCAAUGUCUAUGUGAUUGCCAGAUCAGGCAUCUUGAUAUCAUAGAUCAUCCUUUUAUAGUACCGAAUACAUUCAUUCUUUCCCAUAACUCCAGCGACAUACUAACUAGAACAGAUAGGUAUGUGAAUCUCUUGCGAAGGGACAUGUUCGAACUAUUGAAACUAAUUUCAGAGGCUUUCACCCAUGUUGAAACGGCUAUACCCAGAUGGAACUACUCUUGAAUAAAUGCCAGUGAUCAUACUUCUUUGAA